AUGGCGGACAAGUUAGGCGGGAAUUUGUUUUUGGACGAAGAAAACGUUGUUUCUACUGAACCAAGCUUAGAUAUUCCUUCACAUUUUGACUGGAUUUUUUCGCAAAAUGGUCAAGCUUUCUUUCUUCAAGUUCUGAAGACUGUUGGUGUGCCAGAGAGUGAGACAAUCGAGUCGAAUGCCGCCAGG